AUGAGUACGGCGACAGCAGCCGCAGCACUUGCAGCAGCAGCAGCACUCGCAGCAGCAGCAGCGCUCGCAGCAGCAGCAGAACUUGCAGCAGCACUCACAGAAGCAGCAUCACUCACAGCAGCAGCAGCACUCGCAGAAGCAGCAUCACUCACAGCAGCAGCAGCACUCGCAGAAGCAGCAUCACUCACAGCAGCAGCAGCACUCGCAGCAGCAGCAGCACUUGCAGCAGCAGCAGCACUUGCAGUAGCAGAAGCACUCGCAGCAGCAGCAGCACUUGCAGUAGCAGCAGCCCUCACAGCAGCAGCAGCACUUGCAGUAGCAGCAGCCCUCACAGCAGCAGCAGCACAUGCAGCAGCAGCGGCACUCGCAGCAGCAGCAGCACAUGCAGCAGCAGCAGCAGCACAUAGCUUGCCUUGCGGAGUCCCCUGGGCUCUGCAACUCUGA